UCCCAGAAACUUGUGCCAUUGAAUUGUCAUGACGCAGGUAGCUUUUUACACCGGGGCUGAUCAUCAGCCGUAUUGUAAAAAGUCGUUUCUCAAUGACGUUGAUGAAAAGUAUAUAGAUCGUGAUCUACACAAUAUUUUAUCAUCAGUGAGAGAUCUUCUUUCACAAUACAAAAUGUACAGCAGGACGAGUGAGUCGCAGGUUGUGUCCGGAGGUCUCCAGCAGUACAUAACAAAUAAGUUGAAAAGAAAAGAUGAUCGGAGCCUAACUGACCGACUGAAAGCUCUGUACCUACGUGAUGAUACAGUACAGUUUAAUCUCAGGGGAACAGAAGUGGAUCAGGCCGCAAUGUUCGACUGUUUGCCUAUAAAUGUAAAACUUCACAUUUUUUCCUUCCUUGAUGCCCACAGCCUGUGUUUGGCAUGUGGCGUUUGUAAAAGCUGGAACCAGAUGCUUUGGGAUGAAUCUUUGUGGCGUCACCGACUUGAGGUAGAUAAGCACACCUGGUCGCAAGUGACGCAUUGCACCAACCCUGAGGUUUACCAAGAGGCUUCCUCUGAGUGGACUUAUAAAGAAAUUUAUCUGCGUUGCUCUCCUGAUGUAAUAAAGAGCCAGAGGGGAACUAACUCCACUUUUCAUCAGGUGUCCACAGUCCUUAAAUACUUACUGCCUAAGAAAGUUCCUAAAGCUGCCAUGUUUGGACCAGGCCUGGAAACGAGCACAAGUGGCAUUGUUCGCAAGAUGCUGUAUGAAAACAAUGACAACUUUACACGCAUUGCCAUGUUUCCUGGACAGUUUGAGGGUGUUGGAGCUGGUAUGACCCUGAAGUUAUCAGAUGGCCAUCAAUUUCACCUAUCUGUUUUGUACUCUGCCUCAAAACAUGAGCGGGAAAACCAACACCAACAGAACCGACUUGCUCGAAACCGCAUGCUGAGCCAGCAGCAAGGUGCUGAAGCAAGUGAUGCGGUGACCUAUGAACUUCAGCCAGCCCUCCAGCAGCUUUGUCAUACACUUGAUGCUUUCGUCUUUGUUGUAGAUGCCUCAGAAUCUUUGGAGGCAGUGUCUGCUGGUAAGGCUGAACUGAGAGCUAUGGUACAAGAGCGGUGGGCCUCUCCCAGAGUACCAGUGCUUGUGCUUUCUUGUGUUCCCACUGCAAACUCAUCCAGAAUUCCUGCAGUGGAUGUUAUGCUGGCACUAGAACUAUCUUCUUUCACAAGGCCAUGGAUGGUCAUUGACUGUGUGACUGAGAACUUGCGAAGUGUGGACACUGGAAUAGUCUGGAUGAUUGAAAUGACACAACAAAAGUGAAGCCUGGUGUUCAAAAAUUGAAUGUUUUGUGCACUCCUUUAUCUUCACAAUUACAGGGAUGUAAAUACAUGGACUGCAAGUCUGCGGGAACAUAUCAUGACAGUGUAAUAACUGCAAAGUUAAAAUCAGAUUGCCUUGUCUUAAACUGUGAUAAAAGAUGAUAGGAUAAUAAUUAAAUGGUGCUGUGUUGAAAGACAUUAUUGUGGGACAAGCAAAGGACUUUCAUAAGCAUUCCAGUCAUGGAAAAGUGAACAUUUCUUUCUUGAGGACUUGAAAACUUUACAGACGUGAUAAUGAAGAAAUGCAAGAUAUUAUGAUUUAAAUGUAAAGAUUUGACCAUGGACGUGUAUUGAUGGACUGAUGUCUGUACGCUGAGACUCACUCUUGGCCUCUUGCGAAGUGAUCCACUGUUAGUCUCGGUAAGCCGUAACAAAGAAUGUGAAUAAACAAGAAGCUAUGUC